UGUAUUGGAGGAGCUGGAGUCAGUUCUGUCUAGGGUGUGAGAGCGAGAGGACGUGUUGCCCCAGACUCCCGCCCUUCCUGUCACUCCCCCGCUGCCCCCUGUCCCUUCAUCCCUGCCGGAGCACCCUUCACCCCGCCCUGCGCCCGUUCCCUCACCCCUUCACCCCACCAGGUGCCUGCCGCCGCCAUGCCCCCCGGGACCCCCGAGGUGGUGUACGAGGUGCUGGAGCCGGGCGUCAAGCCGCUGGGGAGCAGCCUGGGGGCGACCCUCGGGGCGCUGGCCGUGCCGCUGAUCAAGCUGUGCAGCCGCCCCGCCGUGCCCCUCACGCAGCCCCGGGAGAUCAUCAAGCCGCCGCCGCCCCGCCCCGCCAAGGCCCCGGAGGCCCCGCCGACUCCUUUCCUCGCCCCCGAGGAAGACGUGCCCGACCUGGUGGAGGCCGUGACCCCCACCGGCCCCAUGUCCAUCCUGCACGCCCCGCCCAGCAGCCCAUUUGACCUGCACGGCACCGUGUUCGACGAGCACCGUCCGGCGGAGCCCUCGGCGGGCAGCGAGCGCGGCCCCUGGCGCUCCAUGCACGAGGGCGGCGCGUGGCUGCGGGCGCUGGGCACGCUGGAGAUGCUGAUGGCGGUGGGUGGCAGCUACGGCAGCCUCAACACCGUGCAGGCCGUGCGCCUCUCCGCGCCCUGCCCGCUGCUGCCGCAGGACGUGCGCGCCGCGCUCACCGUGGUGGCCAGACGCACGGAGCUGCUGCAGGCGUGCGUGGCGUGGCGCUGGGCCUGGCCGUGGUUCCGCCGCCGCCAGCACGUGUCGGUGCCGUUCCGCGUUGCGUCGGGCCCCGUGAUGGCGGCGUACUACCGCCUGCUGGAGACGCCGUACGACAUGAGCCGCGGGCCGCUGUGGCGCGCCUGCCUGGUCCCGGAGAGCCGUGGGCCGGGCGGCGAGCACCGCGCCGUGCUGGUGCUGGCCGUGCACCACUGCCUCACCGACGCCUUCACCAACAGCACGCUGUGCCGCGAGGUGCUGGCCGUGCUCAACGCCGCCCUGGCCAGCCGCCGCUACCUGCCGCCCCUGCGCCCGCUGCCGCCGCCGCUGUCCGACCAGCUGCUGGGGCUGCGCGACUACCUGGCCGCCGCCGCCUUCACGACCUACAAGUUCCUCAGCCCUACGAUCUGCAACUUCAACAAGCACGUGUACUUCCGGGGCGCCGUGCCCCGCCCCGACGCCAAACAGGCCCGCAGGGCCCGCACGCGGCUGCUGCACAUGGAGAUGACGGAGGAGGCGACGACGCAACUGCGUCAGCGGUGCCGCGACGAGGGCGUGACGGUGCAUGCGCUGGUGUGCGCCGCGGCUCAGGUGGCCAUUCUGCACACGGCGGGCUCCUUCGGGAGCGAGCAGCCAAAGGAGGCGUGCGUGCGUGUGUUCAACUGCGUCAACCUGCGCCGCUACUUUCGUGUUGAAGACCAGGAGGCGCUGGGCUGCCACAUCUCCAUCGAGGAGGAGGAGGCGCGCGUCACCCUGGCGGACGGCGCGUCGGGCUCGGCGCUGUGGGCCCUGGCGCGGCGCGGCCACAAGGCGCUGCGCGCCUCGCUCAACGAGGAGCGGCGGCCCAUGCGCACGCUGGCGUCCUUCGCGCCGUGCUCGCUGCUCAUCCCCCUGAACCACCUGCUGACGCGCCUCGGCCUGCCCAACCUCAACGACAACCACGUCAUCACCACCAACAUGGGCGACCUGCAGCACGUGCUGCCGCGCGGCGCCGGGCCCGUCACGCCCACGCACCUGCUGCGCUGCGCCAGCGACCCCUACACGGGGCACCCCUACACGCUGGUGCUGCACACCUUCCUGGGCCGCUUCAGCCUCGCCAUCGAGUACUACUCCACCAAGACGGCGCCCUUCGUGGCCAACACCUUCUUCGUCACGCUCAGGGACCUGCUGCUGGACCUGGCCGCCACCGGGGCGCCCCAGCCCCAGGGCGGCCCCCACCGGCACGCCGCCACGCACCAUGACAAGUUCUGCCCCGACGACGACGACGAUGAUCCCGACUACCGCGUGCACGACGCCAACGACAACUACAAGAUGUGAACACUGCGGCUGGACGACCGUGGGGGCUGAUGUGAUGACCUGCCAGGCUGUGCGUGCGUAUGUCGGUGUCUCACCCGCCGCCGCCGCCAGCGCCGAGGAGGGCCGCGUGAGUGCCUGGCCUAGGGCGGCGCGGCGCGGGCGUGGCGCCGCUCAAUGGUGCCUCGGUGCCACGCCCGCGCCGCCGCCGAGCCGCGCCGCAUGAGUAGCGUAGCCCUGCACCUCCGUGUGCCGCACUGUGUGUGUAGCAAAGACUUAUUUUAUUACCAUGAUUGUCUCUAUUAAUAAAGGAUUUUACAGUAG